CAACAAAAAACACUAUCAAAAGUUGCUUACAAUCAAUGGCUACUUCUAGUUUUCUCUCUUGUCUCUUUUUCAUCUACAUUUCUUUCUUUCUAAAAUUCACUUGUGCUGAAGAUCCAACUGUUUCUUACCAUUUUGAUAUAUCUUACAUUACUGCUUCACCUCUUGGUGUCCCUCAACAGGUUAUUGCUAUUAAUGGAAAGUUUCCAGGUCCUACUAUAAACUCAACUACUAACAACAAUGUUGUUGUCAAUGUGAGGAACAAAUUAGAUGAAGACCUUCUUCUCACUUGGGCUGGUAUACAACAAAAGAGAAGUUCUUGGCAAGAUGGUGUUCUUGGUACUAAUUGUCCAAUUCCUCCAAAGUGGAACUGGACUUAUAACUUUCAAGUUAAGGAUCAAAUCGGCAGCUACUUCUACUUCCCGUCGCUUAAUUUACAACGAGCUUCGGGUGGUUUUGGUAGUUUUAUUAUCAACCCGAGAUCCGUCAUUCCAACCCCAUUUGACAACCCGGCUGGUGAUAUUACAAUCUUGAUAGGUGACUGGUACAUUAGGAACCAUACUGCUUUAAGAAAGGCGCUUGACGCUGGACGUGAGCUUGGAAUGCCUGAUGGUGUUCUUAUCAAUGGGAAAGGACCGUAUAGAUAUAAUGAUACUCUUGUUCCCGAUGGAAUUGAUCACGAAACCAUUAAUGUUGAACCAGGAAAAACUUAUCGCCUUCGUGUCAGCAAUGUUGGAUCAUCAACCAGCUUGAAUUUUAGAAUUCAAAACCACAACUUGCUUUUAGCUGAAUCCGAGGGAUCAUAUACAGUGCAGCAAAACUAUACUAGCUUGGACAUACAUGUUGGACAAACGUACUCCUUUUUGAUCACCAUGGAUCAGAAUGCAAGUAGUGAUUACUACGUUGUUGCUAGUGCAAGAUUUGUAAAUGAGUCGAGAUGGCAAAGAGUUACGGGUGUUGGCAUCUUACAUUAUUCGAAUUCCAAAGGAAAGGCAUCUGGGCCCCUUCCUGAACCUCCUCAAGACCAGUUUGACAAUACUUUCUCGAUGAACCAAGCAAGAUCCAUCAGGUGGAACGUGUCAGCUAGUGGGGCACGACCAAAUCCACAAGGCUCCUUUAAAUACGGCUCUAUAAAUGUGACCGACGUUUACAUACUGAAAAACAAACCACCAGUGACUAUUAACGGGAAACGGAGGGCAACACUAAGUGGGAUCUCAUUUGUGAAUCCCGCCACACCUAUCAGGCUUGCUGAUCAGUAUAAAGUUAAGAAUGUAUAUAAGCUUGAUUUUCCUAAUGAGCCACUAACUGGGCCUUCUCGAAUGGAAACAUCAGUAAUCAAUGGGACAUAUAGAGGAUUUAUGGAAGUUGUAUUACAGAACAAUGAGACCAAGAUGCAUAGUUACCAUAUGGAUGGAUACGCCUUUUUUGUAGUCGGAAUGGGUUAUGGUGAGUGGACAAAUGACAGCAGGGGACAAUACAAUAAGUGGGACGGGAUUGCUCGUACCACCACACAGGUUUAUCCUGGAGCAUGGACAUCAAUCUUGAUCUCUCUAGAUAACGUAGGAGUUUGGAAUUUGAGAACCGAAAAUCUAGACUCAUGGUAUCUUGGUCAAGAAACUUAUGUAAGGAUUGUUAAUCCAGAGAAAAAUAACAAAACAGAGUUGCCUAUACCAGAUAAUGCUCUUUUCUGUGGUGCCCUUAGUCACAUGCAAAAGCCACAAGACAUUUCUUCAGCAUUUACCGUGCAUGGGUCAAUGGUUGUGUUGGGUCUCCUAAUGGCAACGUUGAGUGGUCUACUGCUCUGAUUCUAAGCAAGAACCUUAUGCUCUAAUUGAUGGUAUUUAAGUAGUUUAUUUAUGUGUUUAGGCUCGUUGAUAUGAAGCUUUGAUUAUGUUAAGGUAAUUUUUUGCUAAAUAUUUCACCGAAUUCCUAGAAAUGCUUGUUUAGGUUCUGGGGAUCCAUCAUUCUUUUAUUUUACUUGAUUGAUUGUGUAGUUGAGGAGGAAUGCUAUGUAAAAUCUUUUCAUUUAAUGGAUAUAUGAAGUAUUUAUAUAUGUAAGAA